GUUUUACGACAACAGCAGUCGAUUUACGACACUACUGCGUCACGCAUUGCUCAGCAGAAGAGACGCUCGGCGAAAGUUAUGGCUGCAGAUGUGUAGCUCGGGAUCAACCGACUAAACACGAACUGAUGGGAAACGCAGGUCGUCAUGAUAGAGAUUGACACUGUGGGAGGGGAGAAAGAUGACAAGUGGGUCGUCGGUGAAGAGAAUGAAGAGGAGGCUCCGAUCAGGCGUAGUUUCUCGGUGGAAGACCUCCUCGAUGAGGUGGAGAAGAUCUGCUACGACGCCUCAGGGUCAUCAAAGGUGGAGAUGGUGGUAAGGCUGUGGAAGGAUGGCUUCACUGUAAAUGAUGAGGAGUUCCGCAGCUACUCCAUACCGGAGAACCAAGACUUCCUGGAAUCGAUCAAGAGGGGGGAGCUCCCGGCAGAGUGGGGGAGCAGAGCAGAAGAGGAGGAGCUGGAGAUCAGCUUGGAGGACCUGACGGAGGAAAACUAUGUUCCCAGGAAAAAGGCCUUUCACCCUUUCAGCGGCCGAGGAUACCGACUUGGCAGUGUUGCGCCCAGAGUAGUGGCCAGGUCACCGUCUGUGCACGAGGAUGGAGAAUCUCCUCCUAUUCCCAUGGUAACACUAGACCACGCCCUUCCAGUUACCUCCCUGCAAAUCUGGUUGGCUGACGGCAGGAGAUUGGUACAGAGGUUUAACCUAUCGCAUCGGAUUACUGACGUUCAAGAUUUCGUAGCACGCUGCCAGAGGAGCUGCCCACCUUUUGUCCUGACGACGUCCCUCCCUUUCCGAGAGCUCAACGACAAAGAAUUAAGUGUGGAAGAGGCCGACUUGGCCAACGCAGUCAUUGUCCAGAGACCCCUGAACACACAGGCUCCGUUCGGACACUCCUGACCAUUAGGCCCCUCCAAUUUACAUAACACGCCACAUUUCCCCAUCACUGACUUAUCACCUCCCUAGCAACCCUCUGUAACUUCUAAUCUUUAUGUAUCCAGCAGUUUGUGCUGCAUUUGAUGAUUGAUAUUUCCCUCCACAGUUUCGGUGUGGGAUUAUCUCAUGGACAUAUUGGGCCUCAUGCAGGAACAUGUUCGUGUUCUUAUCCUAAAUUUAUCCCACAUCUGUGAUUACGUACGAACAAGAUGAAUGCCACUUGUGCGUAUUUGAGCAAGCGCAUACGAGUAUUGCAAAUUAGCCUAACCAACACCCCUCAAAUACCAUACAAGCUUUUGCUUCCUGCCCCACUUCAGGAAGAGUUAAUUCAUGAAAACAGCAUUAAAGAGAACAAAAGAAGAUGUUUACGAGAUCAGAGAUUGAACGGGCGGACUAAAGCAGAGCUGUAAAUACUGUGAGUCGCACUGUCACUGAAAAAAAAGAUGAAAUGCUGCUGCUGGAUCAGUUCACCUUCGUUCAAUGCAAUAUUAUACAAUAUGCAGCAUGUUAGAAUUAUUUGACGUGUCUUCUCUGGCGUGUGGAGUAGCUCACCACCAGAUGUGUUGAGGCUCAUCCACCUGCCCUUCACUGCACCAACUACGAUUUACCAUGGCAUGAGUGCGCAUGUGACGCUUGUUGUAUGAACCCUCCUGUCUUGUGUGCUGGUUAACUAGAGAUGUCAUGAGCUAAUUUGAGUGAAGUUUAAAGAAACGAUCUGAAAAUAGCUUACAGUCAACAACCGACAUGUCAAUCCAGCAACUCCGUGCGCCCCUGCGCAACAUGCAUGCCAAAUGCCAAAGAUCUGCGCUCCCCUGGCCAUUGCGCGACAACGUUUAACAGGUAAUUGAAUAUAUGUAGAAUUAUAUUAGAAUUUGAAUUACAGAAUAAUGUGAGAAUAAUGAGGUGAAAUCUAUAUAUUUUUAUAUACAUUUUAUUUAAUUUAUAUACUUAAAAUUGCGACCCGUACGUGAAAAAAAUGGUUUGAUUAACAACAGACCAAUUUACGUGACUCUCACGACAGGCCUCGACCGCUCGUAAAUUCUGUGCGUAUUUGAAAGAAGUCUCAAAAUGCAGAGGGGAAAAUGGUGAAUGCGGGGAGUUCUCCUAAAUCACUCGUACGCAGGGUUUCAGAACAAAUCUGUUCGUACGGACGUUUCUUGCAUGAGGCCCAAUGUCUGUUGCUUACAAAGGUGCUGCUCGGGUUCUGUCGUCGUCAAUAUUUACCUUGUCUUCUUCCCCUGGAGGACAGCAUCUACCUGCCAGUGGAUCUCCCCAACCUGUAAGGGCAAAACCGCAUCCGUCGCCCGUGCAGAUGGCCGACCAUGUUUGUCCAUCUGUUGAUUUGCUAAAUGUGACCCUCCCUUCCCCCGCGAUCACACACAGUCCCACCACCAGCACCGCCAAGUAACUCUCUGAAGUCUUCCCAAACGCUGGUCACAAUUUUUCUGCACUAUUUACGGUAAAAAUACAAAUAAAAAGCAGCUGAUAUUUCCUUUUUUAAUCUCUUAAGUUCACAUGUAUAUUUAUUGGACAUAUGAUACUUCUUGCACCUUAUCAUUAAAAAAAGGGUACCAGCUUGCUAUUUAUGUUGGCCUGACUGUUAAAGGUCUAUCAGUCGUUAAGCUAUUUUGAAAAUUAAUACAAAAUGUUCAAUGUAAUGUUUCAUUUGACUGCAUCGUGAAUAUACCACAUAACAAGGUAUAAUAAAAAAUCUUCCUCAAA